AUGGAUCCAUUGACGGUUGUGGCUUUUUGCCCGUCAAGCGAGUUUGCCCGUGUAGAAAGCGUUAUCAGAGAGUGGUCCGACGUAAAGGCUGUUGGAUCUCUUCGAAUCAAGGAACGGAAAAAAGAUAUCACAAAUGUAUUCAUAAAAUUCAAUAGUGAAGAUGCAGCUAAGAAGGCUUCCUCGCGAAUUAUUGAAGUUCCUGGACUUUCUUUAACUGAUGAAGAAAAUGAGGAAAAACUGAAAGGGGCUAAGAGUGAUCAAAGAAAGGGAAGAUCGAAAAAUCUUGCGAUUGAAUUAAUGAAUUUUGGCACAUAUGAGAAGAGCAGAACCACAUUGGACCAACAAAAAAAGCGGGACGCUGAGAGGAGGCAAAGGAACCGCGAAAAUAGGGAGGCAAUAAAUCACGGCGGGUUCAAGGCGCCAAAUUACAACGGAGCAUACAGACGGCGUAUUCCCUUUCUUCCUCUAGCGCAGGUAAAUGUGGCUGUUGUUGAUAAUAUCCCAUUUAACAUGACUAAUGAUCAGUUAAUUGAAAUAUUUUCUCCGUUUGGACGUGUGUUUGACAUCAACCGAUAUGAGAUGAUGGCUAUGGUAUUUUACGACUCUCCAGAAUGUGUUCUGCAAUGCAUUCAACAACUCAACGGAAAAAAUAUCCGGGGGAACGUAAUCUCAGUCAGCAGCGGAUCUGUUCGUAUUCCGGGUCCUGUGGCACUUCAAAUGGGAUUUUAG